AUGGUUACAAGGACUUAUUUUGAUAAACAGAAUCACGUAUCUGGGCUUCAAUUUCUUCGUUUGAGCAAGUUUAUUCCUAUACAUUCAAUUCUAAUAAUGGGAAGAAGUAAAUUACAAAUAUAUGGUCCAAAUGGUGAAAUUUAUCAACCUACAUUAAAACUUCAAUCAAAUACUAAUCCUGAAAAAGAUGCUGAAGAACUUUAUCAAGCAAUGAAAGGAUGGGGAACUGAUGAACAUCGUAUCAUUAAUGUUUUGGGUUAUCGUAAUUCUAUUCAACGAAUUCAAAUAGGAGAAACGUUUAAAGCAAUGUAUGGAAAGGAUUUAAUAGAUGAAUUAUCUAGUGAAACAAGCGGUCAUUUUAAAAAACUACUUAAAAUGUUAUUAACUGAUAUAGAUAUAGUGAAUGCACGUGCAUUAUAUAAAGCAAUUAAUGGUGCAGGUACUGAUGAAGAAACAAUUAUUGAAGUUUUAUGUACAUCAACUAAUACUGAAAUUGAAAAUAUUAAACAAGCAUAUCAAUAUGUCCUAAAGGCUUAUGGAGUCAGCGAUCCUAGAAGAACUUUAGAAAGUGAUGUUCAAAAUGAUUUAAGUGGACAUUUUCAAAAUCUAGUCGUUGCAUUACUUCAAGCUAGUCGUGAUGAAAUUUCAUAUGAAGAUGUUGAAAAAAUUAGUACAAAAGGAUUGAAAAGUAUAGUGAAUAUGAAUCAAGUUGAACAAGAUGUUGAAACAUUAUGGGAUGCUGGUGAAGCACAUCUAGGAACUGAUGAAUCUGCUAUCAUUCGAAUUAUAACCGGUCGAAAUGUUUGGCAUUUACAAGAAGUUGCUCGUCUGUUUGAAAAGAAAUAUGAUAAAACAUUGGUCGAUUCAUUAGCGUCUGAAACAUCUGGAGAUUUUGAAAGUGCUCUUUUAUUAACCUUAAAUACUUGUUUAAAUCGUCCAAAAGCUUAUUCUGAUUUAUUGUUGAAAGCAAUGAAAGGUGCCGGUACCGAUGAUUGUACACUAAUGCGUAUUAUUGUGACAAGAAGUGAGACUGUUAUAGAUAUAGAAUUCAACUGUAAAGAUGAAUCAAGAGAGAUAAAACAUUUCAAGGAAAUUCCUAAGAACCUGACAUAUAGGUUAACCUAUAGUCAAUAG